AUGUUCAGCGCCCUCCCAGCUUACACCCGCAACAGAAGCCGAUUAUUUCUCCACACUACCCGAUCUAGUUUCAGCCUUUUCGCCGUCCCGCCUUCUUUACCACCACGGCCGCCGCCACCGCAAACCCCUCUCGCCUUUAGGUCACAGAACGCCAAACUUCCCUUAAUAAUCCCACGCCCGGCCGACCACAUCUCGUUUCCGGAGUUCAGAAGAUUCUCGCUUCUAGAGACAAGCGGCAGACCUAUCUUGCCAAUUGCUUCCGAUUCGAGUAAUAUCGGUGAUUUUUACGAGUCCUUGGUUCGUCGAUAUCAGGACUCAUCUUCGCCCAAGGAUGCGGACAGGUUUCAUCUGGGUUUGCUCAAACACGGGUUCAAUGGUGAUUUGUUCCUGUGCAAUACCCUUAUCAAUGUUUUUGUCAGAGCUGGCCGUUUGGAUACCGCCCGGAAGUUAUUCGACGAAAUGCCUGACCGAAAUGGCAUCACUUGGGCUUGUUUGAUUACUGGAUAUGCCCAGAAUGGUAUGCCCGAAGAGGCUUGUAAGACAUUUAAAGGGAUGGUUUGCGAAGGAUUUCAGCCAAAUCGCUUUGCUAUCGGGAGUGCAUUUCGAGCUUGCCAGGUGACUGGUACAGAAGGGAUUAAACUCGGCAUGCAGAUUCAUGGCUGGAUUCUAAAGUCUCCUCAUGAACACGACGCAGUUCUCUCCAACGUUUUGAUAUCGAUGUACGGAAGCAGCAUCCAGGCAGAACAUUUUGAAAGCGCUCGUCGUGUAUUUGAUGAGAUGAAAGUUAGGAAUUCUGUAUCAUGGAACUCCAUCAUAUCAGUUUACUCGAAACGUGGGGAUUCUGUCUCUGCUUUUGAACUAUUCUCCAACAUGCAAAAAGAUUCCGGAUUUGGCUCCAAUCCCAACGAGUACACCUUAGGAAGUUUGAUCACUGUUGCUUGUUCUUCCAGCUCAUCUUUGCUGGAGCAGAUUCUUGUCAGGGUUGAAAAAUCAGGCUUUCUGUCAGAUCUCUACGUGGGCAGUGCUUUGGUAAGUGGGUUUUCUAGGUCUGGAGUUUUCGAUUAUGCUAGGAAGAUUCUGAAGCAGAUGACCACUCGCAGUUUCGUCUCCAUGAACGGAUUAAUGGUUGGACUGGUUCGGCACAAAUGCGGAGAACAAGCAGCUGAAGUGUUCACUGAAAUGAGAAGCUCAGUCGAUAUAAAUCUCGAUUCAUAUGUUAUACUGUUGAGUUCUUUUCCCGAGUUCUCUACAAUAGAGGAAGGAAGAAGAAAGGGUCGAGAAGUUCAUGGAUGCGUGAUCCGAAAUGGGUUCAACGAAAUCAAGGUCUCAAUAGGUAAUGGCCUUAUCAACAUGUAUUCCAAAUGCGCUGAUAUUUUUAACGCCAGAUCAGUGUUUGACCUCAUGGUGAACAAAGAUUCAGUAUCAUGGAACUCCAUGAUUUCUGGGCUUGACCAGAACGAGUGUUUUGAAGAUGCAGUAGACGGAUACCGCCAAAUGAGAAGGACCGGUUUAAAGCCGUCGAAUUUUGCAUUUAUUAGUGCUUUGAGUUCAUGCGCAAGCUUGAGUUGGAUCAUGCUAGGACGACAGUUACACGGCGAAGUGAUAAAAUUCGGACUUGAACUCGACGUUUCAGUUUCGAAUUCCCUUCUUGCACUAUAUGCUGAAACUGGUUGUCUUGCUGAAUGUCAGAAGGCCUUCUUGUUGAUGCCAGAUCUCGAUCUGGUCUCGUGGAACACCGCAAUUGGAGCAUAUGCUAAUUCAGACUCUUUGGCUUCUAACUCGGUAGAAACUUUCCUGGAAAUGAUGAGAGCUGGAUGGAAUCCCAACAGAGUAACCUUCAUCAACAUCCUCACUGCAGUCUCAUUUCUCUCCCUUAAUGAACUCACCCCUCAAAUCCACGUCAUGUUGCUGAAACGCCACAUGGCUGAUGAUUUGGCUUUAGAAAACGGCCUGUUGGCUUCCUAUGGCAAAUGUGGAGAGAUGAACGACUGUGAGAAGAUCUUCUUGAGAAUGUCGAAUCGAAGAGAUGAAGUCAGCUGGAACUCGAUGAUUUCUGGUUACAUCCACAACGAGAUGCUAUCGGAAGCCAUGGAUUUGGUCUGUUCCAUGAUGCAGACGGGUCAACGGUUGGACCGGUUCACCUUUGCCACCGUUCUCAGCGCUUGUGCUUCCAUCGCCACACUGGCACAUGGUGCAGAAGUCCAUGCUGCUGCAUUGAGAUCUUGUCUGGAGUCCGAUGUAGUCAUUGGAAGUGCUCUGGUAGACAUGUACUCGAAAUGUGGUAGAGUUGACUAUGCAUCAAGAUUCUUCAACUCGAUGCCCGUUAGGAAUUUAUACUCGUGGAACUCGAUGAUAUCGGGGUAUGCUCGACAUGGGCACGGUGAAAAAGCUCUGGACCUGUUUUCACAGCUCGAAGCUCUAGGUGGGUUGCUUCCUGAUCACGUCACCUUCGUUGGAGUGUUAUCAGCUUGUAGCCAUGUUGGACUGGUUGAUUUAGGGUUUGGCCAUUUCACCUCGAUGACCGAGAAAUACAGAUUAAAACCUCGAAUCGAGCAUUAUUCCUGCAUGGCAGAUCUCCUAGGAAGAGCAGGGCAGCUUGAGAAGUUGGAGAAUUUCAUCAACUCAAUGCCGAUGAAGCCCAAUACUCUGAUCUGGAGGACGGUUCUAGGCGCCUGUGGUCGAUCAAAUGGUCGGAAGACCGAGCUAGGGAAGAAAGCCGCCAUAAUGCUAAUGGAGAUGGAGCCCGAUAACGCAACAAACUAUGUACUUAUGUCAAACAUGUAUGCGUCAGGAGGGCAAUGGGAUGAGGUGGCAAGGUCCAGAAGGGCAAUGAGAGAUGCCUUGGUGAAGAAGGAAGCAGGGUGUAGUUGGGUGUCGAUGAAAGACAGGGUCCACGUGUUUGUGGCCGGAGACAAGUUUCAUCCGGAGAUGGAUUCGAUAUACGAGAAGUUGAAGGAGUUGAAGGGGAAGAUGAAGGAUGCAGGGUAUGUUGCAGAGACGGGGUUUGCUUUCUAUGAUGUUGACGUGGAGAGCAAGGAAGAGUUGUUGAGUUAUCAUAGUGAGAAGCUUGCUGUGGCAUUUGUUUUGAGUCGUGGUGGAGGGAGGGCACCGAUUAGGGUUAUGAAGAAUCUGAGGGUUUGUGGCGAUUGUCACACUGCUCUGAAGUUGAUAUCGAAGAUUGAAGGAAGGCAGAUUGUGAUGAAUGGCACAUUGAUAUCUGAUUUGAACUUUUCCCUGUUGUACCAGAAAGGAGCUUGUGCCUACAAAGCCAUUGAGCAACAUAAAUUGGACGACAACAAUGCCCAUGCGGAGACUGGAAGUGCUGCCUUAGAUAAGCAUGUUGCUUUGCUCUACUCGUAUAAAGGAUCCUGGUCAAUGGCUUAUGUUCGAGGGUGCUUUCUGGCUCUUACGUCGACUCCCGAGUUCUCACAGUCGUGCGAAUUGUUCUUGAAAAGGAUUCUGAAUGGACAGUCAUGUUUGCAAGUGUUCUUUGAGCAGGUCAAUGCUGCCGCCAACUACGCGAUUCACGCCAUAACCGGGAUUUACUAUUCGCCCAUCAAAGCAUCCACACCUAUCGAAGAGCAUGCACGGAGCAUUCUCACACCUUGCGCUUUCAACACGAAAUUGUGAUGUCCAUGCAAUAUGGAGCACAAGAACUUCCAGAUGGGUCAUAUCUCGUACAAUAUUUUAAGAAAAUGGAUAGCGAAUAUUUAAGCUCCCAGAAAAAUACUUCCCAGCCCGCUGGAGGAGCUCUGCGGAAGCAGAUCACAAUGCUGAAAGCAACAGUGAUUUGUGUGUUCAACCCUUCCUUUUUCUUGCUGCAUCUCUACCGACCGAUCAGUGUAUCCAAAGCAAAGAUCGGUUUAGUUAUGUUCAUAGGGAGAUUUCAGCACUACUUAAUCGUGUUCGAAGCAUGCCAGCUGGAGUAGUUCUGCUUCUCAAUGUUGCAUCUAACAAUGACGUUGAAUCUUGACUCGGUUAAAUAUAGUCGAGGAUGACCUUUAAAAGCACAGUUAUAACCUUGUGCAUCAAAAUAUAACUUGUGUGUAUCUUUGAUGGCAUUUAACAGCAGUGGAAGGGAUGAAAUACAGGCUUCUUGGUAGCUUCUAUCUGCAUCUUCAUUAUUCUGUUAGAAACACGGGUUAGGCCGAGUGGGAGGGGGUGAAGAGCUCGGCCCUAGUGGGUUAGUCGGGUAGUAUUUUGUUAUUUGUCAGUACUAUUUAAGGGGAUG